AAAAAUAACAUGUAUAAUGUUGUAUCGUUGUCAAAUUUCGAUAUCGACCAUUGUUGCCGGGCAAUCGUGUUUCAUUUCGUUGAAAGUUUGAAUAAAUUUGAGCGUAGACGUCGUCGGUGGGAAUAGCCGGCAUCGCCGCACACGCGCACGUUGACAGUUGACCGGCACCUCUUACCGGCAUGUUCGUGGCAGUCUUUCACAAGCAGUCUGCAUUGGGCCGUUGUAAACCGAAGACGUUGACGUCUCCUAGCUGGAAUCUUCUUUUAGUUAAGCAUGUAUACAAAGUUGAUCGUGAAAAUUAAGGAAAGUGUUGUUAAUCACAAUAACAUAUUCUUUACGCUGUCGUCAGACAUUUCGUUCGUGUUACAUAUUACGUGCGUGAGGAAAAAACUUUUCAAUUGAACUCGAACUGAAUUUGGAGUUUUAUUAGUGCUUUAACUUUAACCUCAGGAUUUUACGCAGCUGCCAAAUCGCUCGCGCAGCCGUGAACGGAGCCUCCUAUUCAGGGCAAACUUGUGAUAUUAGAAAUAGAGUAAACUGUAGGUGCGUAAGAAGAAACAAUAUAAUAAGAAAAUCGGAGAGGUCUAUAUAUAUAUAAGCAAACAGGAUGAUCGUUAAAUCGGAACCAUACAAUUUAGACGCCAUCGAUCCGUUUCCUAUGAUGUCCAGCGCGGGAGACGUUGACAACGAUUUCAUCGUACAUCCCAAUUCGGUUUUGUUGCCCGACGACAUUUGGAAAAAGUUCGAGCUCGAUUUUCCCGAACUGACGAACAUCGACGGCAUCUUUCAAGAAUUGGACGACGCCCGCGACGACAACAUGGGCGUCGUCGAAGAAUACAUGCUUCAUCACGACUGCAUGUGGGCGGGGCAUUGCGCUAGCGACGAACAUCCGCCGGACGACUUCCGAAUGCAAUCCUUGAACUUUAUCGUGCCGAAACCGCCGGUGAUCAACACCCGCACAAUGAACGCCACGAAAAUGAAGGCGCAACAGCAACAGCAGCAGCAGCAGAGCCUUUUGAAACCGAGCGUGAGGGCGACAGCCGCAUCGACGACGACUGCUUCUUCCAACAGCGCCCUACAGCACGCCCUGCAAACGCCGCCGGAAUCCGACGACGAAGAAGGCAAAGGCAAACCCUCCAAACUGCUGCAGAUCCUGAAUCAGGCCAUAUCUGAGUACGACAUCGACGAAGAUAGCGACCUGUGCGAUUAUUUCGAAGACACGGACGUCGACGGCAAAAAUGCCGCGUUGGACAUCAAGGAAGAACCGUUGGAGAUUAAACAGGAACCGGUCGGGGUGCAGGAAGAGCCUUGGGACGUGGCGGAUGUCGAAGACGAGGAAGCGCAGCGGAAGACGUACCAGAAGAGGUUGCAGAUCGCUACCGAGAACGACCACAGCUACUACAAGGACAAGAACGCGUCGAUGAUGGUCCACAUGAAUUGCGGUCUCGACACGCCUUCCGAUUCCGAGGAGGAAAUCGACGUGGUCUCGGUACCGGACAAGCUGCUGUCCAACAGCCGCAUGGUGUUCUCGUUGCCGACGAAUCCGUCCAACAAGGACCGUCAGCAAUUGCAAAGGAGGGUCGCGACGGCCAUUUCGAAAAAGAAAAUAAAUAACAAUGGCGGCAGCAUCAAAACCAUCCUGCCGGUGAGGAAACCAUACGCGUCGGAACCAGUAGCGAAAAGGAAAGCGUCGGACGGCGGGGGCGGUACCCGCGGUAUUAAACGAGGUCGUUACGGCACCAAGAAUGGCGGCGGCGCCUACAAACGGAAAAGCUACAGCAACAGCGACAGCGAGCAGGAGCCGUCCGAGAAACGGAAUUUGCACAACAACAUGGAACGUCAACGCAGGAUCGAUUUGCGCAACGCGUUUGAAGACCUCAGGGUGUUGGUGCCGGAGGUGUGCAAGAAAGAUCGCGCCGCCAAGGUGGUGAUUUUGAAGGAGGCCGCUCAGUACUGCGACGGUCUGACGCGAACGUCUCAGAGUUGCACGCGACAGAUCGACGAGCUGAAGAGGCGGCAGGAGUGGCUCAGGUCGCGGGUGUCUCAGCUGAGGCGGAAUUUGGCCGCCAAACGAUAAAGUUGGUUCGUUUUUUAAAUACGUUUUCGAUAAUUUUCGGGUUGGUUGGUUUUGUAUAGCGAAGCACGUUGGGGAAGGUCUAAACGCCUUCCGAAUUUUUGAAGAUCAAUUAUUAUUACUACGGUGCAACCUCACUAACCGGUUAUUACCAUUUUGAUAUCGCUAAGUGUAAGUCGGAAUAAAGAGGCCGCACCGUAUUAUUUGAUAUUUUGUUGGAAUGGUGAUGGAAGUAUCGAAAACAUCGUCGUGAGUUUUGCGGGGAAGACAUUAACUAAAACAAAUUUGCGAUCUUAAUUUUGAGUGGUUAAGGAUUUUUUUUAAAUUUACGUUUAGAUAUUGCUUGCCGUGAUAUGGAAUUCGCUACUUCACGCGUGCAAAGUACAAAAAGACAAAAAGAAAUGGAAACGUAAUUCAUUUUCCGUAAUACCAUUCUAAAAGUUUUACUUACUCUGGUUAAUUUAAUUCAGUUGCGCAAAAUGUGUAGAAAAUUUCGUGUUUACUUAUGGACGUUUUGGUAAAAAUGCAUUUUUUUAGUAAAUGUGAAAUAUUAAUGGAAUUUUUAAAUACAAUAAUCAAUAUAAGUUUUAUUUCAAAUUUCCACUACACGUUACAUUAGAAAGGUAUAGGACGGUGUAAAGCAAAGGUGACCGAUCAUAAAUUGCACAACUCACUGAAACUUUUACCUUUUGUAUGUUGAUAUUAUAUUACAUAAAAAAAUAUGAAACUUUUUAACAAAGGGCGCGCCCAUUUAGAAAAAGAUCAUCGACAUGUCAAAAUUUGACAUUUACAAAAACCCUAAAAAUUUUACAGCGCGCAUCAGUACACAAAAUUGUCCCCGUUUUGAGCAUUCCGACAAAAUACUCGACGAUAAUGAUUUGAGGGCACUGAUAAACGUAACCCACACGUCUCGUUUGCUGCCUUCAAAGGAUUUUUUUACACUUCACCCACUCGCGGGUACUAAAAUCAAAUAAAUAUUUAGAUAUCCAAUUAAUACAUUGUUCUGUUAACUGUGAUUUAUAUUAAAAAAUGUAACCGAAUUUGUUGGGGAAAGAAUUUUUUCGUUUUUUUCUUGUGUUAGUUUUUUUUCACUUAGGAAUUAAGGCCCUUUUAUUGGUACACAAUGUGUUAUAUAGAAACGUUUUUAUUUUAAACUUUGGUUAUUUUAAGAAAAGAAUUAUAUGUGAUGAAAUGACAUAGGCGAAUGUGAUAAUAUCGGAUGGAUUACACAUGAAUUUUGCUUUUUCUUCUCGUUUUCAAUUGUUUUUUUUUCUUGCAACCAAAUCGAAGCGAUAAUUUUUUUGUGGUAUGUUCAUUUCCUUAGAAUAAUUUGUAUGCGUUGUUUCUUUUUUUUUAUUAGUCGGAAUUCAAACCUGUAAUCGUUUAAAGUGUGAAUUUUUUAGGUUUACUUUUGUUUAAAUAAAAAAAAUGUACCGAUUUAAUUCGGUUCUGAGUGUACAUAAAACUUGUUUAGAAAAAUUGCGUUUAUUAAAAUAGGAGUACCAAAUAUUGUUUUUUUUUUUGUAUAUCAAUGCAAAGUUUUUGACUCACGUGUAUAUAUAACGUUUUGUCGGAUAAUUCCGCAGUUUGUGUUUUUUCGUUUUUGCUAAUAUAUGCCAUAUACGAGUGUAAAAAUGUUGUAUAUAAGACAGAUUUAAGCGAAAGACGCGAGAUGGCGCUUGCAAUUAUGUUAAUACGAUCCACACAUUGGCGCCCCCCUAGACGCGGGGAGUUGUUUUUUAAGGUGCCAAAACGAUGCAAAACUCCUUUGCUCAAUGUGUCGAUGCGUGAGUUCGUUAAGGUAAUGGACAUUUUCUAUUUUUUAACAAUUAAGAAGUGUUAUAAAACGUAAGUCGUGAGAGAUAGAGAGAAUUGUUGUGUUCAUAAUGUUUUUACAGUAUUUUAUACUUUUGAUACAAUACCUACGAAAAAAACCCAGAAAAUAUACUUAUAUAAACAGAAAAAAAAAAUAAAAAAAGGAAAAAAAACACGAAACUAAAAAAAAAACAGAAACUAAUGUGAUAGGUUGGUAUAAGAAACGUUACACUUUAGACAUUUUUUUUGCCCGUUUCGCUCAAUAAAUAAAAACGAUUCUCGAUUUGUACCUGCCGAAUGACCUCGCUGUUAACCAAACCCUUAUAUAGUUUAUUACGAAUGGACGGUCCGAAUAGAUUAUAUACAUAUAACCCGCUCUUGGCCCACACUUGUUGCGUUGGAAUUAUGCACAACAGGGCAAUUCUCUGUAAGCUUGGCGACCAUCUGCUAGAGUGCUUGCUACUAAUAAUGCAACGUAUACGUAGCAUGCGAAUAUGGCGACUCGCGUAAUAUCUUAUAGCGUAGUCAUAUUACUAUAUAUAAAUAUAUAUAUGACAAAUAAAAAUAAAUCGUUAUUUUGUACUUAUUCAAACUAUCAUUCGUAGUUUAUUGUCAUUUAGAUUGGUUUUUUUUGUUCCUCGUAAGAUUUAAAAUAAUUAAAAACCUUAUGCUUUGAACUGUUGAUAUUUUUUAUUUCUCCUUCUCGCUCCUAAUCCUAAAAAAAUUAUAAAGCGGAUGCCUAAUUUUGUAUAAUUAUUUCAGAGAAAUAAGUCAAAAUGGUAAAAUAACAUCUUUUGCGAAUAAUCUGGACACCCCGUAAAAGAGUCGAUUUAUAACCUACACAAUGUGAAGAAAAACUGUUUUCAAGAAACAAAAAUCAAAACCAACGUAGAAACACCGGAAAAGAGGAUUAAAGAUGAAAUGAAAUAACGAAUAAGACAUACGUACGUAACAACAUAAUCUUUCUUCCCGGAAACAAAAAAAAAAUUUAAUUCAAUUCUUAGGUUUGAUUGAUUGAUAACAAGCAAGGAAAAACAUGUACUUG